UAUGCCGAACGAUUAAUCAUAUAAAAGUUCUACAACGGGAAGAUGCCAGGAAAAAAAUAUCUUGUUAUAUUAAUUCCAUAGUUUGUCCCUUAUAGUAGUAAUAAUUCAAGGUCAAAUCGUGUCAACGUGACUUAUGUGUAUCAUAUUUGUGCCCUUAGGUUAUACUUAUGAACUGAACUAAACAGUGAUGCUCUAAUAAACAAAACAAACAACCUCGCUGAUCGAUAAUGACGUAUUAUAACCGCGAGCAAUCGAGUACUCGUGUACCGAGAGGAACGAGAACGUCCUUUUGAACUACGUCAUCAAUAACGUAACGUAUUAUUGGAUAAUGGGAUUGUAAAGGUAAAAAAUUCACCCAAUUGGUGGAAAUAUUUGUGACGUUUGGGAUUAGAUAAUAACAAGCAAAAGCGGCAGAAGCAGCAGACGAAGGAAAGCCAGCGGUUUCGAAGGCGAAUAAAAAAAAAAAAGUAAAAAGAAAUAUGAAAGCAGAGAGAGAUUUAGGAGAUUAUUGGACCAGUCCUAAAGUUGUUCUGAAAUGUGUCGGACCGAAAUUGGUACCGUUUUUUAAAACUGCGGCCGUAUAUUUUGUUCUGUCGAUUCAACGAGAAAAUCCGUCGUGGCUCUCUUGCUUACUGAAAUGCCUACCGGUGAUAUGGCUGUGUAUUUUUGUUGUCCUGCACGGCAUGAGUCUGGGAGAGAAGCACGCUUACUCUCGCCGUAUUCUUUCGGGCCUGAUAUUCUCGUGUAUUGGUGAUGCAUUUCUCGUUUGGCCGAGCUGCUUUUUGUGGGGUAUGAUAUCGUUUGCCAUUGCACAUAUUAUAUACAUUAGUGCAUUCGGUAUGCAUCCUUGGAAUCCUGUAGUUGGAAUGGUUUGUUCUGUUUUAGCAGGGAUUUGCUAUUACAUUUUUUAUCCUGGUUUGUAUGGGAUAUAUACAGUAAGUGUUCCCAUAUACAUAUUUGUGCUUUGCCUUAUGGUUUGGAGAGCAGUUGCAAGAGUUCAAUUCUUUGAAGAUCUUUGGACUUGGACCAGAUUGUGUUCUUGUGGAGGUGGUAUUCUAUUUGCCAUUUCUGAUACUUUAAUUGGUUUCAGAAUAUUCUGUAGUCAAACUGCAAUUCCUCAUGCACAGACUUUGACAAUGUUAACUUACUACGCUGCCCAGUUAGGUAUAGCAUUGUCUGUAGUCGACAGUACGGCAAUGGCCGUUCUGAGUGCCGCAAAUGAAAAUCAGAAUUCAUGUUGUGGUACUAUAAAACAGAAUACUCUACAGUUAAAAUCAUUAAAGCAAAGAUUAAUUUUAACUGGAGGGGAAAGAAAUGGUAUAAGACGUGCAGCCGUAAAACUACAUUAUUUUUUUUAGAUGUAACAAUCUCCCAGAUUGGGAAUAAAAUAUCUUUAUUGUAUCAUCCAAUUAGGAUGUAGAGAAAAAUAUAUAUAUUUCGGAACAUGAUAAAAAUCAUUCCGAAUUCACGUAGCUACAGUAUUUCCAACACUAAACAGUAUUAUUUCCGAAACAAGUUUAAUAAAAACGAUAAAAUUUAAUCAAUUACCACCAAAUCAAUAAAGUGCCAAAUCAUACAUAAAAGAGAGCAUUUUAAAAUUUUUGGAAUAAAGUAAACUUUGAGGAAAUAAUUAAGACUUAUUGGCUUUAAAGAUCUGGUAUAAAGAUGUGACGAUUAAAUGCACAAUUAUAUUCUCUUUAGUAUUUGUAUUGACAACUUGAUCAAAUAAAUGUUUAAAAUUUGUUAUUCAUUAAAAUCUUUUUCUGUAUUUUGAAAUGCAAAACAAUUAAAAAAA